AUGAGCGAAAACUCUCCUUCAAAACAUUUGAAUUUAGGAGAAAGGCGACUUUAUACCCCUAACAACGUUGUAGAACCACUAAUUACUUCUAAUAUUACGACCACAACUACCACAGAUAGUAUUUUUUCAAAGGACCAUAAUUCACAUAAACUUCCUAUAAGAUCUCAGUCAGAUCCUAAUAACGUUCACAUAACAAAUAUGACAGCAACUGAAAAAUCUGGCUCUACUUCGCUAUCUUCUUCGCCUACGCAUAAUAAUAUUAUUUUGGAAGAAAAAAAAUCUGUUAGUUUUCCGCCUACAAAUAUUAUAACAAGUCCAUCAAGAUUUGUCAUUUUAGAAGAUGAAAUUGAUGUUAUUGGAGAAAGUGCUGUUGUUUCUAGCGCUAAUGAAGUCGUCGUCGCUGGUAGUGGCAGGUCUUCUUCUUCUUCAUCAAAACGAAGACCAAAUAGUAUGAUAGCUUUGAAUGAAAGUCAAAAUCAAAAUUUACCGCAGCGAUCUUUUACUUCUCCAAGUAAAUCUAAAAAACUCAAUUAUGCACUUUCAGAUGGAGAAUCACAAAUAGAAAAUUAUUCAUCAAAAUCACGUAGUGGUGGUAAUAAUAGAAAAGGCAUGCCUAAACGAAGAAGUACAGUGAGUGAAGAAUACUUUGGGGAGGGGGGGAAAGGGAUAAAUUUUGAUGAGGAAACUCAAAAAAAAGCAGAGAUUGUUAAAAGAAGAUUAUCGAAAAUGAAAAGGCCGGAUAAACCUGAGGUGAUGAUUGGUACUAGAAUUGAUGUUGGACAUGUUAACUAUGUUCUUAUGUAUAAUAUGUUGACUGGUAUUCGUGUUGGUGUGUCAAGAUGUAAUGCUAAAAUGCAUAGAGACUUGGAUGAAUCAGAUUUUAAAGCUGCACAUAAAUUUUCAUUUGAUAUAACGGGAAAUGAACUUACACCAUCAGCUAAAUAUGAUUUUAAAUUCAAGGAUUAUGCACCCUGGGUAUUUCGUCAUCUUCGUGAAUUUUUUCAUAUAGAUGCUGCUGAUUAUUUGGUUUCCCUGACGAGUGAAUAUAUAUUAUCAGAGUUGAAUUCACCAGGAAAAAGUGGGAGUUUCUUUUAUUUCUCCAGAGAUUAUCGAUUCAUCAUAAAAACAAUACACCACACUGAACAUAAAUUCCUGAGAAAAAUCCUAAAAGAUUAUUAUGAGCACAUAAGAAAUAAUCCAGACACGCUAUUAUCCCGUUUCUAUGGUUUACAUCGAAUAAAAUUACCCCGUGGAUCUAAAAUUCAUUUUGUUGUGAUGAAUAACAUUUUCCCACCUCACCGAGAUAUACACGAAACCUACGAUUUAAAGGGGUCAACUGUUGGGAGAGAAUUUAAUGAAACGGAAGCAGCCAAAAAUCCAAGAUCCGUGCUUAAAGAUUUGAAUUGGUUAAAUCGUGGUAAAUGCUUGGAACUUGGACCAGAAAAAAGAAAAUUAUUUGUUGAACAACUUCAAAAGGAUGUUCAUUUGCUUCAACAUUUAAAUAUUAUGGAUUAUAGUCUCCUUAUAGGAUUACAUUACACAUCACGUGGAAAUAAAGACAGCAUUCGUCAAGAUUUCUUUGUAUUUCAACCUCACAGUGAAAACUCGAUACCGACUCAUAAAAGAGAAAGUAAGGCAUCCAAGUUAAGAAAAUUAGUGGGUCAGGCUGAUCCAGUCAAAUUAGAUCAAUCUACUACAAAAUUAGUUUUAGACGCUAAGAAUGAACGUAAAAAUUGUGUAUUUUAUAUGGAUGAUGGCGGAUUUCGUGCUACCGAUGAACAAAAUAAUCCCACACAAUAUAUUUAUUAUUUGGGUGUUAUUGAUAUUUUAACUCCCUAUAACACUGUUAAAAAAGCUGAGCAUGCUUGGAGAGCUUUAAAUAAUGACAAGAAAAUGAUUUCAGCUGUUAAUCCAGAUUGGUACGGUCAAAGAUUCUUAGAUUUUAUGUUCAAGGCAAUCAAACAUAAUGAUGUAAAAGAAGAAGAGGAAGAAUUAUAG